CGCGUUUUUCCUUUGCUUCAUCUGUUGACACGUUUUUGCGUUCGCGCGUCGCGUAUCCAAACAAGAAAAGCUCUUUACGUUGUGCCAUAAGUAGUACAAGUCGAGGGGAACUUGGUUCACCGUAUUUGAUUUGGAUGAAACGUGAUGUUUUUGGGUAGUGGAGGGCAAGUAGUUGCCUGAGCAAUGUCUGAGUCUGCACACUCUCGAGAAAGCAUCCAAGAAUUCAACGCGCUCCUCGCCGCAGCCAAAGCUCCCCCUCACCGGCAGGCCCCUUCCCCACCCUCAAAGGCUCGGAACUCUCUCCAAAAACCUCAACGGUUGCGGAAAUCGAGUCUACCUAGCUCGCCUCCACCCAACGUCACACAUCAUCCGAGCGAUCCGUUCGCCAGCGAUUAUCCCAAUUCUUUCCAAGGCAGUCACAAGGAUCCCUCCGGAUUCCCGUACACGAGGUCGACCUUCAGCAGCGGCUCAGGUAUCGAGUCCAACGGAGUAGGGACAGCGUCGCUUGGCACUUCCGCAUCGUUUUCAUCAUACAUCUCCUCCACUCCUUCAUCCAUGACCACCACCUCGCCUCCCCCGCGCCCCUCUCGCGCCAACACUGCGAACCUGACAGACAUCCUGUCUGAUCCCGCCGUCAACGGCCGUCUUUCCAGCCCCGUAGUCCCCAAUCAGGACGGCCACUUUUAUGCCGAUCCCGGCGAGCAGCUUCCCCCACCACUGCCCCCAGUAGACUACCCACAGCCCCCUACAAUACGCAGCCGCAGUGGUACGACGUCCUCCAAGGGCAAAAAAUCCGUGCUCGGGUUUAUCUUCAAUUCUACCAAGCGGCCCGAGAUCAGUACUCCCUACGACCCCGUCCAUCUCACCCAUGUUGGUUUCAACUCGUCUACGGGAGAGUUCACUGGGCUUCCCAAGGAAUGGCAGCAGCUGCUCUCCGAAAAUGGUAUUUCGCGCUCAGACCAGGAGAAAAACCCGCAGGCGGUCAUGGAGAUCGUCAAGUUCUAUCAGGAGGGCCAAGCCGACGGCGCAUGGGAUAAGCUUGGUGCUAUUCCAUACGACACUGUAGAUUCAGGAGGAGGGGGAGGGGGAGAUGGACUCAACAAUCCCCGUCUGCCGCCACUCCCGCCGAAAAAGGCGCCUUCGGCCUUCUCAUCACCUCCUCCUCCCGCUGCAUACAGGCCAGCCCCAACGCCUCCCUCAGCCGCGUCCCCGGCCCUCGAUCGCUCUACGUCUCAGCGCAUACCCAAUAAGGCACCUGUGGCCAAGCCCGUCGAGCGAUCCAACACGACGCGCGAGCGGGCCCAGCCGACCCCGCCAGGCAAAUUAGCUCAGCCCGGCUCGGUCAGUGCCCAGGCCACGCCCAAGGCAUCGCCAGGCUCGUCAGCUAACGACCUUCCUCUACGGACAACGGCCCCACGUGCGGCACCAGCGGCACCCAGUCCAGCUGCAGCCUCUCUCGCCAAGGCUAGUGCAGCCGGUGCAGCAACCCCUCGGCGACGUGAAAAGAAGCCGGCGGACAAGGAUAAAGAUGCCGAUGUGGUGCGGCGGCUGCAGGCCAUCUGUACCGAUGCGGAUCCGACUCGUUUGUACCGCAGCCUUGUGAAGAUCGGGCAGGGCGCUUCUGGUGGGGUCUACACUGCUUACCAAGUGGGCACGAACUUGUGUGUCGCUAUCAAGCAGAUGGAUUUGGACAAGCAGCCUAAGAAAGACCUCAUCAUCAACGAAAUCCUCGUCAUGCGGUCUUCCCGGCAUCCCAACAUCGUCAACUACAUCGACUCGUUCCUGCACAAGAACGACUUGUGGGUCGUGAUGGAAUACAUGGAGGGCGGGUCCCUGACUGAUGUCGUCACCGCCAACUUGAUGACGGAGGGGCAAAUCGCUGCCGUUUCCAGGGAGACCGCACAGGGUCUUCAGCACUUGCACAGACAUGGAGUUAUCCACCGAGACAUCAAGAGCGACAACAUCCUGCUCAGUUUGACUGGCGAUAUCAAGCUUACCGACUUUGGAUUCUGUGCUCAAAUCUCGGAUCCCGCGCAUGCUAAGCGGACGACUAUGGUGGGGACUCCCUACUGGAUGGCUCCGGAGGUUGUGACACGAAAGGAGUAUGGCCCUAAAGUCGAUAUCUGGUCUCUUGGCAUCAUGGCGAUCGAAAUGAUCGAAGGCGAACCACCGUACUUGAACCAAAACCCGCUCAAGGCUCUCUAUCUGAUUGCGACGAACGGAACGCCGACCAUCGCCAACCCCGAGAGUCUCAGCUCCAUCUUCAGCGAUUACCUUGCCAAGACACUCGAGGUUGACGCUGAAAAGCGUCCGAAUGCGACCCAAUUGCUUGCGCACCCCUUCUUCACGCUCAGCGAGCCUCUGAGAACUCUGGCUCCCCUUAUCAAAGCGGCACGUGAAAUCGCCAAGGCACCCAAGUGAAUACUAGGCUGCAGGAGACAGAAACGUUGUCAGCGAAGUCC